CGAGUGGCGUUUUCGGGAGCGAUUUCUACAGGAAAUACCUUCCGACCGGCUGCAUUUGUGAAGGGCUGCCAUUUUACCGAGCUUACGCACACCAAUGAAUGAUGGGUGACAGGGUGGUCCAGCUCUGCUCCAAGACCCAUCAUGAAAACAUGCUGUUUUCUCUGCAUCAGCUGAGGCUGGCAGGGCAGCUGAGUGAUGUUACGGUGCAGGUGGACUACCAGGGAGAGCUGCAGGAGUUUCAGGCCCACCAGGUGAUGCUUGCAGCAUCCAGCGGCUAUUUCAAGAAGAUUCUUGUCUCCCAGGAUGCUGCCCCUGAGAAAUUACUACUGUCCAACAUGCACACUGCCAACUUCUCCAAGUUUUUAGAGUUUGUGUACACUGGUAAAGUGGAGGUCGCCAUGGACAAAAUAGGUGAUGUUCGAGAAGUGGCACAACUUUUGGACUGCAAGGAUCUGUCAGAGGUUUGUUGUGAAGCAAUGAGCACUGAAAAACGCACAAAGACUACAUCACCAUCACAAGAUGCAGAGAAGACUGACUUGGAUGGUGCGAAGAUGGCCCCAAGGACCAAACUGAAGAAACGCCUUAAAGGCGUGUGUGAAACGCAGAGCUCUGAGAGAGAAGAAGACUGCUCCAAAAAAUUGAAGGCAAAUGACACGGCCAGUGGUGGACAAACAGCCAGGCAUGAAGAGGGAGGAUGCAGGCGGCUGAGCACCAGGCUGGCAGACCGCAAAGUUCCUCGGAGAGUUUUGAACAGCAGAAGGAAAAACACGUCUGAUAAGGCUUUGAAUGAGGCUAACCAGGACACCAGUGAAGUGACAGAGGAGAGUCACGAUGGGGAGCACCUUAAGAUUCAGCUGGAGAGACAGGCUCAGAAUGAACAGGAGUUUUCAUUGGAAAUGUCAUAUUCUGAUGCCGGUGAUGGGGAGGGUGUGGAGGAUAUGCCAAAUGAUGACUCUGAUGACCCAGACGACCCCUUGUACUUGUCUCUGGAGGAGGAGAAAAAGGACGGGGAGCCCCAGAGGACAUUAAAGAGAACAUCCAAGGCCCAGUUCCAGUGUGAGAGGUGCCAGCGGACCUUCCACUAUGAGAGAAGCUACUUGAAGCACAUGAGUGCGUAUGGUAUGAAGGCAGAAGUCAUAUAUCGCUGUGAGACCUGCCAGCAGACGUUUGCUAACCGUGGCAACCUGAAGAUCCAUGAGAAGCACGUCCACAGUGACGAGAGGCUCUUUGCCUGCCAGGUCUGCGCCAAGACUUUCAAACGCAAAAAGGAUGUUGUCCGUCACCAAAGGCAGGUGCAUGAACGUAACAGACUGCGACAUGUGUGCACGGACUGCGGGAAGACGCUCAGCUCCAAAACUGCGCUGUUGCUGCACGAGAGAACACACACGGGUGCCAAGCCCUUCGAGUGCAGCGACUGUGGGUCCAAGUUCACCCAGAACUCUGCCCUCAAGAUGCACCGCAGGACCCACACAGGAGAGAAGCCUUUUGCAUGUGACGAGUGUGAUGCCAGGUUCACUCAGAAGCACAUGCUGUCCUAUCACAAGAGAUCCCACACAGGAGAAAAGCCCUUUAUGUGCGAGGCUUGCGGGAAAAGCUUUGCAUCGAAAGAAUACCUGAGACACCAUUCCAACAUCCACACUGGCUCUAAGCCGUACAAAUGUGAACAGUGCGGUCGAGGCUUUGCUCAGCGAAAUUCCCUCCAUCAGCACUUGAAAAUACACACAGGUGAGCGUCCGUACAGCUGUAAAGACUGUGACAAGCAGUUCACCCAGCUCAACGCUCUGCAGAGGCACCAGCGCAUUCACACAGGAGAGAAACCGUACAUGUGUGGUCUUUGUAACCGCACUUUCACAGACAAGUCCACCGUCCGCAGGCACACUAUGACUCAUGACACAGAUGCUCCCUGGAAGAACUACCUGGUGGUGCUGGAGGGAAAUGUGGAGGGGAAGAAACCCAAAUCUCCUGCCAAGGGCAAAGCAGAAAAGGCAGCGGAGAAACAGAGCAAAGCUGGAGGAGGUGGGGAUGGCACUAAGACCCAGGCUGAAGCCAUAGUGGUGCCGGCGGAGCCAGUCACAAUCCCAGCCGACUGGACCAGUCAUGGCACCAUUGCCCUUGUCAGUCACGGUGCCCUGGGUGGCAUCACCGUCAUCCACACGGAGGUGCCACCAGGAACCCAGAUCCAGCCCAUUGUAACCACCGAUAGCACAGGAGCCAGUGUCAUCUCCUUAGACGGCUCAGCCAUUUCCGUCCCCUUCUCCCUCCCCGUUUCAAUGGCGCACCCUCUCCCUGUGUCCUCUGUAGCCUCCACCUCAUCUAUUUCUGUACCUGUCUCCCUCACUGGUACUGUCUCUGAGGGGACGCUGGCCUCAGUUUCAGAGACCCCAACUAUGUCAACGUCAUCCGUCCUGGAAGCUGCUGUUUCACAGACAAUUUUGGCUCCAGUUUCAGCUCCUGAGACGGACAUUUUGGACCCUGACAUUCAGACAGUGAUUGUCCUUGAGAAGCAUUGUGAGGUAGAACGGACAGCUACUGUCCCAAGUGAUGGACAUCAAAGGAAGGCAGAAGAUGUCUUUAUUGAGAAAGCUGAUGGAGCCUCAGCUGAAGACACUGUGUAAUUCUAUCCAGGUAUAGGGCAUGAAAAAUCCAUGUCAUUGCACCUUGUCAGGUUAUUUUGUAUCUUGUAUCAGUCUGUGGCUUUAACUGUUCUUGUUUGACAUUAACAAUGCCCCAGUAUUUCUAGUCUGCUCAAUGUUUAGCCAUUCUCACAGUCAAAACUCAAAAGCUUCAUUGUGAAUCAGCUUUGAAUGUGAUAGGGUUUAUCACAUUUUUCAGAACAUCAUUGUACUCACUGAAAGUCGCACAAAAUCUUACAAGCUGUCAUCACAUUUUUAGGCUACCAGUUGUACAUUCUUGAAAACCUCAUCUAAAUAGUAUUAUAAGUGUUUUGUAGGGUAUGGAUCUGGGCAUGCAUAUCAAAGAAUUGUUAAGUUCUAUAUAAUAAUUAUAUGGAUUAAAUCCAUAAAGCACAUGGCAAUUUAUAUAACAACAUUAGUUUCCACUGCAUUUCACUACAUUUUACCACUCAGCAGUGCCUCAGGCACUGGGCACCUUGGCCGUCAGAAUAAACAUGAAACGCAGCUAGAAGUGACAACAAGAGGGUUUGCAUUCUUACUAAGAUCAGAUGUAUUCUUAAAGAAAGCAAGAGGAGAAACCUGAUACCUUCAAAUUUAGUAACAUGAAUUAGUAACAUGUUCAGGAUCAGCAAACACUUGCCCACUUCCCUUGGGAUGCCCUAUGGAUGGCAGCAGUUACAGUAGCACAGUAGCAGCAGUUGCACUGAUUUAUGACAUACCACAUAAUAAAUAAAUAAAUACACACAUACACACACACGUAUACACAUAAAUGUUCCGAGUUACCAGGACCGGGGAUGUGAUUCCUCCUGAUAAAUCAGGAGAUCAUGCAUUUUUAAACUAAAAAUGUGAGCCAUAAGAGUGGAGAGGGGGUAUUGACCUGCCCAAGGGGAAUUUGAAAGAGAUAUGAUUUGAAGAAAUCUGUUAUAUAUAGUAAGCCAGCACUUAAUUUAUUGACUAGAAUAUAAUGCAUACAGCAUACUGUUCGUAAUGAAGCAGAAUAUCAAAAUUGAUAUUGCCAUGAGUUUUGUGUAACAAAGUUU